CGGUGUGACGGGGAGGCGGGGGGAGGGCGCGAGCCGCUCGGCGCUGCUGUGUCACAGCGUUUGAAUGAAGAGCAGCAGCGAGGCGGUGUGAGAAAUGGCGUCCGCCUUGGAGCAGUUCGUCAACAGCGUGCGGCAGCUCUCGUCUCAAGGUCAAAUGACUCAGCUGUGUGACCUUAUUAACAAGAGUGGAGAGUUGCUGGCUAAAAACCUCUCCCAUCUGGAUACUGUGCUGGGUGCCUUGGAUGUGCAGGAGCACUCUUUGGGAGUCUUGGCUGUGCUGUAUGUGAAAUUUUCUAUGCCCAGUAUCCCAGAUUUUGAAACUCUAUUCUCCCAGGUUCAACUCUUUAUUAGCACCUGCAAUGGUGAACACAUCAGAUAUGCAACAGACACCUUUGCGGGUCUUUGCCAUCAGUUGACAAAUGCUCUAGUAGAAAGAAAACAGCCACUGCGAGGCAUUAGCAUCCUUAAACAGGCCAUAGACAAGAUGCAGAUGAAUACAAACCAACUUACCUCAGUUCACGCUGACCUCUGCCAGCUUUGCCUGCUUGCAAAAUGCUUCAAACCUGCUAUUCCUUAUUUGGAGGUGGAUAUGACAGAUAUUUGUAAAGAAAAUGGAGCCUAUGAUGCCAAGCACUUUCUAUGUUAUUACUAUUAUGGUGGUAUGAUCUACACAGGACUGAAGAAUUUUGAGCGGGCACUGUAUUUCUAUGAACAGGCUAUAACAACUCCAGCCAUGGCAGUCAGUCACAUUAUGUUGGAGUCUUAUAAAAAGUAUAUUCUUGUCUCCUUGAUUCUGCAUGGAAAAGUUCAGCAGUUGCCUAAGUAUACAUCGCAGAUAGUGGGAAGAUUCAUCAAGCCUCUUAGUAAUGCCUACCAUGAAUUAGCUCAAGUAUAUGCAACAAAUAACCCAACAGAACUUCGAAGUGUGGUGAACAAACACAAUGAAACCUUCACAAGAGAUAACAAUUUGGGACUUGUUAAGCAGUGCUUGUCUUCUCUUUAUAAAAAGAACAUUCAAAGGUUAACAAAGACGUUUUUGACAUUGUCAUUACAAGACAUGGCGAGUAGAGUACAAUUAUCAGGUGCUCAGGAAGCUGAGAAAUACGUGCUUCACAUGAUAGAUGAUGGAGAAAUAUAUGCUAGUAUUAAUCAGAAGGAUGGUAUGGUCAGUUUCCACGACAACCCAGAGAAAUACAAUAACCCGGCUAUGCUUCUCAACAUUGACCACGAGAUGCAGAAGUGUAUAGAACUAGAUGAGAAGCUGAAAGCCAUGGAUCAGGAGAUUACUGUCAAUCCACAAUUUGUACAGAAGAGCAUGGGCACCCAAGAGGAUGAUGUAGGAAGCAAGGCAUCAAGCUAUUCAUAAAAAAACACGGUGUAUGAAAGCAACAACAACAAUUUUAAAAAGUGCAUCUGGAUCACAGCUGGAGAAAAAGCAGGAAACUGAGGGAACGGUUUAGUCACACUGUUGCAUGAACAUCAAGAAAGAAAAUUGACCAUUGGUUUUGAUGAGAAUUCCCUCCAUUAUUAAUGCUUUCAGAACUGUUUUCUUAGCAAAAGAAUCUGGGUAGGAAUAAAUAUAUCGCUGUUUUAUAUAUCAUUGUUUCAAGGUUAACACCACAGCUGUGUUAAAUAAAACUGACCUUUGUUUCUCCAUUUUGUUUCAUUAGUUUUUUUUUCUUUUCUGAACAUAGUUGAGAAGCAUUGGGGGAUUACUUUGCAACAAUAACUAGAGGUACAUAUUAGGAAUGUGUUUAUAGACUGGUUGUUGCUCGUGGGAUAUUUAAUAUUGGUUAAACAGAAUUGAAAUAUAUAUGAGAGCUGUGUACAGCUGGUUUACUCAGUUUGCAGUUGCGAUGGAAUGUUUUGUUUGAGCAUGAUGCUUGCAGGAGUAAUUUUAAGAACUACAGUAUUUGGAAUAAGCCCUGACAGGACACGUGAGCAUGAUAUGUUUACAUUAUUAAUGCAGCCAGAAAUGUAUCAACCUAUCCUCUUCAUGUAAAUGCACUGUGUGACUGAAUGAUCUGUCACUUUUUAAUAUACUGCUAAGAUCCAGCAGUACCUGAGAUGUGUAAUUAACUGCAUUGUCACAUACUGAUGUGUGCUUUUUAGGUUAUAAUAAUUCACUUUAAUUUCAGAAUCGCAAACAGUGUUCAGUUAAUUACUCAGCUUGAAAUUUACUUGAGUAUAAAUUUUGUACUAAAUUAAAGUUUCAAUAGUGAUACCCACGCAAAA